AUGAGGGAGGCUUUGCGAUUUCGAGUGCGAUGCCGGCCUAUCCUUGUUCUUAACACCCCAAUUCUCCGACGCGAUAAGCUCAAUUCCUUUGAACUGCCUCUCCUUCUCCUUGCCCAUGAUCUAAAACAGCUCCGGAUCUGCCUCGCAAAUCAGCUGGUUUCCCCAAGCCUUCAUCGAGCUUCGACGCUCCUGCAAAUCCGAUUCGCUCGCCAUGACUGGCCUCUUGGCCGGACCGCACUGAAUUUCGAAAUCGGGGCGACGCCUCUUGAAGCACAUCGAGUGGCCCAAAAUCCAAAACUCCUCUCGUCCUCCGGGUCGCGAUUCAGCUACGCGGCGAUACCACCAUUCUGGUUGUGGAGGAGUCCGCCGUUGUUGCAAUUCUCGUUUAUUGACUCCAGUAGCCGCAACGAGAUGUGGUGGACGGAGGCGGCUGAAGAGGCGGAAGAGGGGAAGAACCCUAAUUUCAAAAUUGGGGAAAAGUUGGGGGAUUCAGAUUGUGCGAAAUGGAGGAUAUUAAUUUUUUAA